AGUUCUCCGCGGAUUUUGACGAGGGUAUGAUGAAGUUGCAAAAAGUGGAAGAAGAUGAAGAUCUUGGAAGAGUGCCAUCACCGCUCUCACCUGGUGACCCCGAGCUCACACCAAAGCUGCUGCCAACAGCUCGCGCUUUCGUCCCAGUUAAUGGGCAACAGUUUCGCUCCAUCUAUCAGACAGUUCCUGGCAGUCAGGGUUCUUCGGACAGCGUCGAAGAUUUAGUAGGAUUCACCCUCGAUGACAAGGUGGAGCGCGCUGAGUUUUCUCCCCCUGCAGCACGCGGUGCCGAACAGAUGACCGCUGCAUCUUCAACGACCCGGUUUGCGCGACCUUAUAAAAUGGAACAUCAGGAGGUCCACCAACAAGUAGAGGCAACAGCUAGUUUCGCGGGCUUACAACAACCAAACUCACUACUAGCCUCAUAUCUGGCACCUCAUCGUGCUGUGGCAUGGUCAAUCAAAAGACCUAGUCCUAGAGACGGCGCGUCAUCU